AGAACAACACAACCCCUUCUCGCCCUCGAAAUAUCACUUGGCUUAGUGCUGCCCGAGAAGACUGUCAUAUUGAAGGUUUAUCGUCAACACAAAUCUUAAUUCCCCUUUUUUGUUGCUAUACAGAUUCGCUUUGUAAGUUUCUAUGUGUGAAAACGGAUUCUUGUUUGCAUUUGAAAGCCUCUGCACGUAACAAAGACCUAUAUUUACCAACCAAAACAGGAAAGUCUUGCGAGACCACUGUCACUUGCCUAUUUUCGAGAUAACGAUGCUGUGACUGGUGCAGAUCUGUUCACUUUCUCCUACUUGUUCCCUGUCUUUUAUUCCCUCUAACGCUCGUGCAUUCUACUAUGUUUUGCAUCUGAACUGUAUUAAUUGUGGCUAAACAAUGGAAUAACCAUCUGUGUCAUAAUUCAUUCGAGAAAAGGAUAGACUCAAGUUGAAGAUGGACGAAAGAGGCUUUCAACAGUGAUGUCACUUCGCGAUGGACCUGGAAUCUCGUCGUAUAAGCCUGUGAUAGACAGCGAACAAGUUUAGUAGGAAAGAUGCCACGAGAUACUUUCAGGAAAAAUCACAAAAUCGGUAUAAUUGUCAUUUUGUUACUUCUUGUAGCAUUUUACUUGUUUCCUCCAACUCAUAGCGUGUCAAAGAAAAAUAGCGAAGGGGAACUGGAUCAGAAAAACGUAGAAGAGAGACCAUUAUGGCAGAAAAGGGGAAGAAAUAAAACUGAGCCUAAGAAAUUAUACGUUAGACAUCCAUCAGUAAUAAAGAAUAUCCGCAAGAAAAGCCAGAGGUACAGGCCUAAGUCUAGAACUAGAAAGAAACCAUCAAGGAUAUUCUACGGUGACUGUUACGCUUAUUCAUCUGCAGGAGCAAGGCUACUGCCUUUAGAAGUAUUAAAACGUCAUGGAUGCGAGAAGCGCCUUCCAAAAGCCAUGGUAAUAGGGGUUAAGAAAUGUGGUACGAUGACUCUAACGCACUACCUUUCACUUCAUCCUAUGGUAGUCAUUCAAGGAGAAGUAAGUGUUCCUCAAGGAACAUACCUUAAUGCUGAUGAUAUUGGAAAAUGGCGAGACCAGAUGCAAUGGUCUAGCCCAAGAAUGUUUCCUAUGAUCGGUAAGCCCAUUAACAUGGCAAACGCUACGUUCAGAUUGUUAAAAUAUCUGCUGGAUAGAAACGCUAAAACGAUCAUGAUAAUCCGUGACCCGGUCGUUCGUGCUGUCUCUGAUCAUGUCCAUACAGCUGGCAUACUAUCCAAAAGUACAGCGAGGACAAAAAUUCAAUCGUUUGAAAACAUAGUAAUUAACCAUUGGACAGGACAAAUCAAUGAGGACAUUCCUUAUGUUGCGAAAGGAAGAUACAUUGAGAUAUUUCGAAAGACAUUGAGGCAUUUUGGACGCGAUCGAAUCCUUAUUCUUGAUGGCGAAGCCUUUGUUCAAGAUCCUCUCCCCAUCAUGAUACAAACGGAAAGAUUUCUCGGUCUUCCGCCAUUUUUCGAGAGGAAACAUUUCAUCCAUAACCCAAAGACAGGGUUCUAUUGUGCGAAUGUUCCCCAGAGACCAAACUACAAGUGUGCGAAUCCUAAAAUAAAAGGACGCCCUCAUCCUGAAAUACGUGCAGUUGUAUCAAAGAAGCUGUACGAUUACUACCGUCCAUAUUCUAUGGAAUUCAUGAAAGAAGCAAACGUUUCCUUCAAGUGGCUGUUACAGUAAUCCAUUAGAAACAUUGUUGAAUCAUUGUAGAGAUUAUUCGAUAAGGAUCUCACCUUGUAACUCUAC